AUGUUAGCAAAUAAAUUAUCUAAAUCAUUAUUAACAAAAAAAUUUUUAACCAAUCAAUUAGGAUGUGCUUCAACAAUGGUGUAUCCAAAAUAUGAAACAAUUGAAAUGUUUAAAGAAGGAAAUACUACCAGAAUAAAUUUUAAUCAAAUUAAAAAUUUAAAUGCUAUGAACGAUCGAUUUUUUAAUGAGUAUAAUGAUGCUUUAUUAAUAGCAAAUGAGGAUAAAGAUACAUCAUUAACUGUUAUAUCUCAUAAUGGUAAAUAUUUUUCAUCUGGUUUAGAUUUCUCAAUGUUCAAAGGUCUUUCAAGAAAAGAAAUUGAAAAAUUUUCAUAUUCAUUAACAAAUAGUAUGCUUUGUACUUUAGAAAGAUAUAUAUAUCAUAAAAAACCUACAUUAUGUAUUGUUAAAGGUCCAGGAAUAGGAAGUGGAUUAACAUUUUUAGGUAUUCAUGAUUAUGUAAUUUGUAGUGAUAAGGCAUAUUUUCAAGCACCAUUUACUAAAAUAGGAGUAUCACCAAUAGAUUUUUCAUCAUAUACUUUUCCUAAAAUUAUGGGUAUAACUAAAGCUAAUGAAUUACUAUUAUUUGGAAGAAAAAUUACUGCUCUUGAAGGAAAAAAAUAUAAUUUAAUAAAUGAAGUUGUUAGUGAUAAAGAAAUUGAUUCAAUAUCUGAAGCUAGAAUUAAAGAAUUUUCUUCUUUAGAUAAUGAAAAUUUAAAGAUUGUUAAAGGUGUUCUUAAAACUCAUGAUAAAGAUAAGCUUAUUUUAACUGGAAAAAAUGAAAUGAAUAUUUUUAGAAAUCGUUUAUGUUCUGAUGUAUUUUAUAAUUCAUUACAAGAAAUGUUAAAAAAACUUGAAAAAAAAUAA